UAAGAGACCCCAGCCUGGCUCAGCCAUUGGAGGCUGGUUCUCCGGACUGGGGGGCUCAGCUCGGAAUUUACACCCACCCCCCGAAAGUCCUGCUGGCAGGAAGGUCGGAGGGUCCCUGCUGGUCAGGGCCCUGGCCUGCUGUAACCCCCCCCCAUGUCCGCAGAUACUAUGAGCUCGGGAAGGGCCGGGGGGCCGCUGAGCUCCGUGCGGGAGUUCACGCGUCACGCCAGCGAUGUGCUGCUCAACCUGGACCAGCUUCGGCACCGCCGCGCCCUGACCGACGUCACCCUGCUGGUGGGGGGGCGCCCCCUGCUGGCCCACAAGGCGGUGCUGGCUGCCUGCAGUGGCUUCUUCUACUCCAUCUUCCUGGCCCAGGGGGGCAGCGAGGUCAGUGUCCUCACCCUGCCCGGCUCCAUCCAGCCCGGCGGCUUCCAGGCCCUGCUGGAUUUCAUGUACACCUCCCGCCUGCCCCUCACCCCGGCCUCCGUCCCGGCCCUGCUCAGCGCCGCCACCUACCUGCAGAUGGAGCACGUGGUGGACGCCUGUCACCGCUUCAUCCAGGCCAGUUACGACCGUGCUAGCUUCUACCCCAAACCCCUCCCCUCCCCAGUGGACCCCAAACCCCUGGACCCCCUCCGAGGACCCCCAGAUGCCAGUGGGAUGGUGCCCGCAGGGGCUCCCCACCCAGAGGGGCCAGCCAGGGCCCCGGCGAAGGAUUCAGGGGGGGCGCCCCCAGGGGGGGAGCGGGGCCCCCCCGACAGCCCGUCACGCUCCGAGGGGCACCCCGCCUCCCCCCGCGAGUCCAGCGGCUGCGCCCCCGACCCCAAGGCCUGCAACUGGAAGAAAUACAAAUUCAUCGUCCUGAACUCCCUCCGGGGGGAGGGGGCCGCACCCCCCGUCGUCACCGUGCCCCCUGUGCACCCGGCGCCUUCCCCAGGGGCGGCCCCCGUCCGCAGCAGAUGUAGGGCCGUAUGGCUGUGGGGCCUGCAAGCUGGGCCUGGAGGAGGAGGAGGGGGAGGAAGGUGGACGGCUGGGGGGCAGGCCCCGGCGGCCGCCCCCCACGACAACAAACCGUUCAAGUGCCAGCUCUGCCGCUCGGCCUUUCGCUACAAAGGCAACCUGGCCUCCCACCGCGCCGUCCACACCGGUGAGAAGCCGUACCGCUGCGGAGUCUGCGGGGCCCAGUUCAACCGGCCGGCGAACCUCAAAACCCACUCACGGAUCCACUCGGGUGAAAAGCCCUACAAGUGUGAGACCUGCGGCUCCAGCUUCGUGCAGGUCGCCCACCUCCGGGCCCACGUGUUGAUCCACACGGGCGAAAAGCCCUACCCUUGCGAGACGUGUGGGACCCGCUUCCGGCACCUACAGACCCUCAAGAGCCACAUCCGGAUCCACACGGGCGAGAAACCGUAUCAGUGCGAGACCUGCCACCUGCACUUCCGGCACAAGAGCCAGCUGCGCCUGCACCUGCGGCAGAAGCACGGGGCCGUCACCAACACCAAGAUCCGCUACGCGGUGCUGGCCGGCCCCUCCGGCGCCCGCUGCUGAACGGGGACCGCGCUUCCUCCCCCUCCCACCAGGGGGCAGGAGAGAGGCGCCGCUCCCCACCCCCACACCGCAUUGCUGCUUCCUUCGCUCCUGCCAGCAGGGGGAGCUGUCUCGGGGUAGGGGAAAUUCCUGUCCUGCCAGGAGGGGCCCGCUGGUCGUGAACCCCUUUCAUACCACGUGUUGUCCUGCAGUGUCUGGGCUGGGGGCUA